CCGCACGCUAUUGUACACGUCGCCUACUGUACUUGAACACGGGACUGUAUUUGAACUGGAGCCGACAGUGUCGUCGCGACGUCGUCACAGAGGCCAGUCAGCGGGAGACGAAGGAGACGAUCUUUCAACUUAUCGUCAAACGGGAGAAUCUCGACACCAGACGUUCCCUACCACGUUUCUAGUCGAUUCAAUGACCUGCCGUGACCGAACGGCGGAAUUCCUGUCCGCUGUGAAGUCGAUACAGACAAGACAACCUGCUCGAGUGUCACCGCCUCAGAAGAGAGAGUAUCGUUCAGACUUUAGUCAAAUAGCGAAACGCAUUGCCGGUGAUAUUGGCAAUACCUACGCCAAACUAGAAAAGCUGACGAUAUUGGCAAAGAGCAAGUCCCUGUUCAAUGACUCGUCUGUGGAAAUUCAAGAGCUGACGUAUAUUAUCAAAGAGGACAUUGCCAGUUUGAAUCGGCAGAUUGCACAAUUGCAAGAACUUGUGAAAUCAAGAAGAGGCAGUAAUAGAACUCAACUGAAUGCACAUUCAAGUGCAGUUGUCGUGUCACUUCAAACGAGGUUAGCUAAUAUGUCGUCUAACUUCAAGACUGUGCUGAAAACACGGACAGAGAGUCUUCGAAGACAGAAGGAGAGAAGAGAUCAGUUUGCCCAGUCACCGGUAGCAUCAAGAAUGGUUCCGUCUGCGUCGGGUACAGGCAUCUGUUACCAGACUGAAGGGGGUAAACUAAUUUUAUUGUGUGUAGCACUGUUGAGAGACGAUCCUUCAUAUGCAAGACAUAGAGGAGAUGUCAAGAUAGAUAUGGGGGGAGAUGGGAGCCAAAUGCAAGUUUUGGAGCAACAGGAGGAGUAUAUAAAAGAGCGUGCAGCAACAAUGGAAAGUAUAGAAUCAACGAUAGUUGAAUUAGGAGGAAUUUUUCAGCAGUUGGCUACUAUGGUGAAAGAACAAGAGGAGCACGUACUUAGGAUUGAUGCUAACGUUGAAGAUGCAGAGAUGAACGUUGAAGCAGCACAUUCUGAGAUAUUGAAAUAUUUUCAUUCUGUAUCAUCUAAUCGCUGGCUUAUUAUCAAGAUAUUUGUUGUCUUGAUAGUAUUUUUCAUAAUUUUUGUUGUAUUUAUGACAUAAUGGUUACUAAGUCGGUGACAAGAAUAAAAGAGUAGUUAUCAGAUGAGAGGUGUAGUUUGCUACACGGCUAAUAAAUGUUUGACAGAUAUAACAAUGUGUAUUGGUCAGUUGA